CAAAGCUGUCCAUGAACAGAUAUUACCGCAGCCAUGCGACACGAUCUAGCCUACUGGCAAGUGCACGACACUGAGGAUGACUGUGAUUUGAUCAUCCGAUCUAACUCUGGCCAUGUAUUCUACUGCCACAUUUGUCCCAGUCAAUUUAUACGAUCUCCCACCAUCACAGAACAGUACUUCAAAUGUCUCGAGCUCUUGAGAACAGGCGAAGUAGAAACUGAUGAUUUCUACGAGGAAGAUGCCCACGAAUGGUUGUUAAAUUGCUUCGAGCCUUUGAUUGCGCGACUUGCGCCAUCCUCAGAGCUUCAGGUCGUUACGCAGCCGACCUUGGCUCAUUACUAUUUCCCUGAACAAACCUCCGUCUGCCACCUCAAAGCUGUGGACUAUAAGCUACAGCCUGAACAGCUGGACACCAAAAACCAUGGAUGGAGUAGCCCUAUUGUCAAAUUCGAUUCCGGUUUCUUGACUGAGCUGAAGCAGUGGACUCAAUCCUACACUGCAUCCCAAGUUCAAGUAUGCUAUGAUCGACCGGAGGACAGCUUGAUCAAACCGCCAACCUGUAUCAACAUAACUAAUCAAGAUGGUCAACCCCUCAAAUGUUUCUUCAAGAAGUUCGGACUCUCCUUUGGCCCAUCACAUGCAAAGAAGGAACUUCUUGUAUUGAAGAAGAUUACCGAAUCUCAGAUACCUCCUCCACCUCAAGCGUAUAUCUGUCGCCUCGUGGAAGUGGUUCGAGAAGGAAACGGGCUUCUAGGAAUGUUGCUCUCCUGGAUUGACAAGAAGAGUGUACUGUCCAAGGCCAAAGCUUCUGCAAGCUCCCCAGAGUUAAGAAAACGUUGGGCAACUCAAAUUCGGAAUUCACUUGACAGUCUUCACGAGAAUGACAUUAUAUGGGGAGAUGUCAAAGGGGAGAAUGUUCUUAUAGAUCAGAAUGAUGAUGCCUGGAUCAUCGACUUUGGUGGAAGCUACACCAUGGGCUGGGUUGAUGAGGACAAGGCUGGGACACUGGAGGGCGAUGAGCAAGGUGUUGCGAAGAUCUUGGAACUUCUGGAGCAGUCUUAG